GUGUUUGACAUCCGAAAUGUGUUCACCUUUCCGCGCUGGAACUCACUGCGCCAUAAAGAAAAAAAUUGUGGCAUGUGUCAAUUCGUAAUCAAAGUGUAGCGAGGAGCUGUAGCGUGAUCGGAAAUUCGUGAAAUUGUGGUGUUGUUCUCGUUUCUAAUUGAUAAUAAAUAUGCCUAAAAACUUUCGCAACGGCAAUACCCGCGGCCGGGGUGGUCGCAACAACGGUGGAGAUCGAUUUUACGACGCGUCGGAAGUGAUCAAUCGUGGACAUGACGAUCGAACGGAACGUGGUGGCGAUUGGAAUGAUAGAAAUAGGAACGACCGUAACAUGACCAACGUGCAGCGGCGUGUUAGCUUCAAACCUUUCAACGGGGGCCGAGGCAAGGGCCGCAUUACUGAGAACCAGAUGCGAGCCCACUUUAACGACGACGACGAAGCCAUGGGUGGCGAUACCUUCGACAGUGGCAGCGCCCCCGGACGGCUGAACAAUCGUUUCAUCAAUCGCCAAAGACGCAGCGGAUCACCGAUCCCACGCGGGGUGUCGAAUGGGGGAAACUUGUCGAAAAAGCUGUUCAAACCCACGAACUCGAACUGGUUCGAGGUGAAAAUACCGUACGGCCACAAGUACGAGAAGGAUUUUAUCCUUCGAUCCAUACAGCAAAAGCUCAGUCCGAUGGUGUUCAUUCCACUGUACUACAAAACGGGCGAAUUUGCCGCAACGUUCUACGUAGAGGGGUUCCAGGUGGCCACAGCCAUCCAGCAGGCCAGCCGUACCAUUGAGUGUCCCGAUGGUCGCCGGUUAACGCUGAAUGUGCGCAAUAACCAGCCGCCCACGCAGAUGAAUGAACAGCUGAAAAGUCGCAUGAAGCAGGCAAUGGUGAAACGGUACAAUCCGCACACGAAGGCCUUAGACUUGGCAAAGUUCCACGCCGAUCCUGACCUGAGCGACAUAUUCUGUGCGCUAGCCCGGCCGCAAAUUAUGCUGGCGGCCAUAGACAUUAUCGCGGAACACAUUCCCGAACUGCAGGCACUGAACCUGAACGAAAACAGGUUGUACAUGCUGGACCAUAUGAAGUCGAUGGCUAACAAGCUGCCGCAUCUGAAAAUUCUUCAUUUGGCUAAAAAUCGGAUACCGUACCUCACCACACUGGACAGUUUGAAGAAUCUGAAGCUGGUGGAGCUGAAUCUGGAGGAUAAUCCGCUACGAAAACAGUUCGACGACAAUACGUCCUACAUCAGUGAAGUGCGCAAACGAUUCCCUAAAGUUAUAAAACUGGAUAACAUUGAUUUACCGCCACCGAUCAGCUUCGACAUACCGGAAGACGACAUGAAGCUUCCGGAUGCCAAGGCAUCGUUCCUAUGCGAUGCAGGUGGAUCCGAUAUUGUCCGCCAGUUUCUGGAACAAUAUUUUGCCAUCUACGAUUCCGACAACAGACAACCGCUGCUCGAAGCUUACCACGAGCAUGCAAUGUUUUCGCACACCGUCAAUACGUUCAAUCAAAGCAAUCAACAAAAGAUGAGUGUGUAUUUGAGCGGAACGCGUAACAUCAAGCACAAAACGGAUCUGGAUUCUCGUUGUCGGUUCCUCAAGCAAGGACGAUUGCCGGUAGUUACACACCUAUCGUCGCUACCACCAACCAAACACGAUCUAAUGUCAUUCGCGGUCGAUCUUACCCUGUUUACGCCCCACAUGCUGCAGCUGACCGUGAACGGCGUGUUUAAGGAGCGCAAAAGCAAUGCAAACGCCGAGCCGAUGCGAGCAUUUCAACGCACGUUUGUCAUAGUACCGGCGAACGGUGGCUUCUGCAUACGGAACGAGAUGCUGCACAUUACCGUCGCUACACGCCUGCAAGAGGAUAAGUGCUUCAAACCGGUCAACAGUGCGGUCAUGACGCAACCGAUAACACCGGCACCGCCAUCAGCCAUCAGCAGCACGAUCACCUCACCCUCGAUGGUGCCGGAUGAUAAUACCAAGCUGCAAAUGAUACAGGCGCUGUCCGCCCAGACCAACAUGACCACCGAAUGGAGCAAGCUGUGCCUGCAGGAGAACAACUGGGACUAUCAGCGAGCUGAGUUUGCUUUCGCGGAGUUGCACAAGCAGAACCGAAUACCGCCCGGAGCGUUCAUCACGAAUUGAGCCAGGCAAGCGGCGCGGCAUUAAGUUUACAUUUAAAUUAGUUUCUUCUUCUUCUUUUUUGUUCAUAACAACUAACAAACCAUGUUUAUCGCGCAUAGAAAACUAGUGAAGCUUUCAGGUAAGCUUACCAUUUUUUUUUUUUUUUGGUUUUGCCUUUAUUCAUUUCACGAAAUGAACACCCUUGAACAAACGCAAAAUGGCCCGUUUAGCAAAUGUUUGUUUAACACACUAACUGCAGAAAGAGAUGCAUUGUCUGUAGAUGCAGACACAAAUACACAAUGCUAUAUGGAACAGUUUAUAGUUUGCGCUUGUGAUAUAUUACCUUUUUUUUAGCGAAAUAAUAGUUUAGUUAAGUUAAAAAAAACGGUUCCAUAAUUAUUUUUAACGUUUUAGGCCAUAUCGCUUUGGUCUGUAAAAUACGCUGUAAAUUUACAAAGCAAAACAUGGAAAUGCAAAAAGGAAGAGAGUUUCUAAACAUGCAAAACGCAUCUGUAUGAGAACAUUUUCUAGCAAAUAAAAAAAGAAACGGCAAUGGUACUACUUAUUAGCAAAUCACGGUUAGGGAUAGAAACAAGCAAUGAACUGCAAACCAUACUAUUUUUAAAUUGUUUUCACACAAGAAGUAAAAUGUACGAAUCUGGUAAUUCAACACAAAACAUCAGCUAUGUGUCACAUUUAUAUAAUACAUUACUGUACAUAAGAAAGCUGACGAUUGUUGGUAGGUUUUUACGUUCUUUACCAUAAACAGUCAGGCAGUUCAACAACCCACUGAUACAUAGAUUAGUAGUUUUGUACAUGCAUUUGUACGCCAUCAGAACUACUAAGUGCAUGAUGGAAAAUGAUGAAGAGUUGGUUGUGAAUUUAGGUACACUUUGACUUGCUUGGUAAAACAGUGUAAUGCGUAUUUUAGCUCAACGGAAUAAUUUUAGGGCUCCAAUAAACAUGAGAAGUGAGCGAAACUUAG